GCGGCGGCCGCAGGCGGGCGGCGGGCAGCGGCGCGGCGCCUGACCGCAGGGCUCCGCUCCGCUCCCGAGGAUGCUGCGGGGCGAUGCCCGGCGACAGGGAGGACGAGAUCUGCCAGAAAGCGCUGCAGCUUCUGGCCGAGCUGUGCUCCGUCGGGGCGGUAGAGAACGAGAACUGCCGCGAUUUCAUCUACUACCUGCGGGACAGAGCCCGGCCCCGUCUCAGCGACUCAGAUAUCUCCAUAAGCUUGCUGUCCCUGGUUGUCACAGCCUGUGGCCUGGCUCUGUUUGGCGUGUCCCUGUUCGUGUCCUGGAAACUGUGCUGGAUCCCGUGGCGGGAGCGGGGUUUGCCCUUCGGGAGCAAGGACAGCAAGCAGGAGCCGCUGCACUACGCGGACGCGGAAGCCGACGCCAAUGAGCGCGACUACAGCGAGGAGUACCUGGGGCAGCCCGCUGCCUACCCCGAGGCCUCCAUGAAGAUCAGCCACACCUCCCCGGACCUGCCGCUGGACACCCAGGCGGGAGCCAAGGAGAACUGCGUGCCCAACGUGCGGAUGCAGCGCCAGACCACCGAGCCCACCUCGUCUGCCCGGCACAACUCGCUCCGGAGACAGCUCAACCUGUCCAACCCUGACUUCAACAUCCAGCAGGUGCAGAAGCAGGAGCAGCUGACGGGCAUUGGCCGCAUCAAGCCAGAGCUGUACAAGCAGAGAUCGCUGGACACGGACGAUGGCCGGAGGAGUAACAGCAAGGCCUGUGGAAAACUCAACUUCAUCCUCAAGUAUGACUGUGAUCUGGAGCAGCUGAUAGUGAAGAUUCACAAGGCCGUCAACCUGCCGGCAAAGGACUUCUCUGGAACUUCAGAUCCAUACGUGAAGAUAUAUCUGCUCCCCGACAGGAAAACAAAACACCAGACUAAAGUGCACAGAAAGACCCUAAAUCCAGUAUUUGAUGAAGUUUUUUUAUUUACUGUCCCCUACAAUGAUCUCAACGCAAGGAAACUCCAUUUCUCUGUGUAUGACUUUGACAGAUUCUCCAGGCACGACUUGAUUGGCCAAGUGGUAGUGGAUAAUUUUUUAGAUUUGGCAGAUUUUCCCAGGGAAUGUAAUAUUUGGAAGGAUAUUGAAUAUGUCACCAAUGAUAAUGUGGAUCUUGGUGACCUUAUGUUUUCGCUCUGCUACCUUCCAACAGCUGGUAGACUAACUAUUACAAUAAUAAAGGCAAGAAAUCUAAAGGCAAUGGAUAUCACAGGAGCAUCAGAUCCCUACGUGAAGGUUUCUUUAAUGUGUGAAGGAAGGCGGCUAAAGAAAAGGAAAACUUCCACCAAGAGGAACACCCUAAAUCCUGUUUACAAUGAAGCCAUAGUCUUUGAUGUCCCUCCAGAAAACAUUGACCAAAUUAACUUGUCGAUAGCUGUUAUGGAUUAUGACCGUGUAGGUCACAAUGAGGUCAUUGGAGUUUGUCAAGUAGGCAACGAUGCAGAGAGUCUAGGUCGCGACCACUGGAAUGAAAUGCUCUCGUACCCUCGGAAGCCCAUCGCUCACUGGCAUCCUCUUAUGGAGGGCCCUAUUCAGCAGGAAUGUUAUGCAGGUCUUCUGCGGUUGGAUGGCUGCCGAAGAUGUUUCCUCACCCUUUUAACCUAUUCAGCAGAAAUUUGGCAUUCCUGUUGAACUCUUUCUUAGCCAUAUCCUCAGGGGCUAUUCCACAGAGUCCAGUGGGGAAUCAAGUGGGGGAGGGUGUCCAGCGCAUCCAGGCUGUGCAGAGAAAUAUAUACACAGCAUAUCAUUUUGGUUCCUGAAUCAGGAUUAGACUCAGCGAGAGCUUCUGGAACCUCUGUGGCCACAGCCAUAGGACCCUGAAUAUUUGUUGAAUAGGACCCUCAGUCUUCUACUGUGUGAAGAGCUAUUGGUUUCAAAUAGCGUGAUGUUAUCCACUUGUAGCAUUAAUUCUCCAGCUGACACUACUGCUACUGAUAGAUUAUUUGUAUGGUCGUAAGCAUUACCCAAAUUGGAGUCAUCAUUUCUGUUCAGUAGAAUAACCCAGGUUUACAAGCAAAAUGAUAGCAAUGUAAACCAACAAAUAUGGGAAGCAGCAACAAAUAUUGUCCUUGUAUUUGCAAAAAAGGUGCAGUAUUGUGAAUGAUUAGCUUUCUAAGUUGUUUUUUUUCAAGAAUGAUUGUCAUCAGAUACUUAUUUUUUUAUUGAUUACAAGUUGCGUCCUCAGUCUCAGCUGGUGCCUCCUUUCACCUGACGUGAAAACAAAUUAAUAGGGUUCCUUGUAGAAAUCCUUCAAAUCUGAAAAACUGUAAAAAAAGUUCUGCUGGGUGAGAACAAGAUGCAUAUGGUAUUUGUAAUGACAGCAUGUUCUUUGAAAAAGGAGAUAACCAUCUGUAUAACAUGGAGGUUGUUAGUUCUUAAUCUUUGUGGAUGAUUUUCCAGUCAAUGUUCCUGAGUCAUGUCCACGACACCGCAAACUGUUGGAAGCAUGUCCCAGGUGGCAAUGCUGGAUCAUACAAAGAAACACACACACCCCCUGUGUUGUCUGAAAAUGCUGUUCCAAAUAUAUAGUGCCUGUGAAGACUUCUUUUGUUAUUUGUGGUAGAGUUAGCAGGGCUGUUUUACAUGAUGGUAUAUUGUAAAUUCUGACAAAUUCUGACCAUUAAAAGAAGAGAAUCAAAGCACUGCAUUUUGUCACGUAAUGAAAUUUGUACCCCAAAGCAGGAGACCCUGGAAUAAAUUUUUCACCACUCAUUUAGCCAUGCAUGGAGUUCUCUCAUCCUCCAGCAUCUUCUACAGAGAACUCAACUCAUAUCUUUACAUGGGAAUUUUUUUGUUUAAAAGAUGCAAAUGCAAAGUAUGGAUGUUUUAUACAAUACAGCUGUCUGCUGUGUACUUACAGAGAGGGAGCCCUGGUAAUUAGAUAGAGUUCAGAUAAGUUUAUGUGCACACACAUUGCUUCACAUCUAGUAUGUGAUGAGUGUUCACCAAGCAUUUUGGAUCUGCAACUCUACUGACACAAGUAUGCAUGCACAGAUUUGAAGAAAUAUCUAACAUUUUGGCCUCAAGUCUAAAAAAUUAGUUUUAUAACCUAUCAAUGAGGCUCUUCCACAAAAUCAGAAUUACUUUUGGGUAAAGAAUAUCUUGGAACUCACAGGAGAUCUUGGAUCUGCUGUAAAUGUAUGCUGCAGGCAUAAAUCAGAGUUCCUGUAAGCACAGCGGUUUUCAAAAAUCUAUUGCCAUUCCAUGGAGAAUACAGCUACCACAGGCAAGGGUAUACCUGGCAAACUAAACAGCACUUCCAAACCUGCCCAAGCACAACUUCGGGAGGGCAACCACUGAGCAUUUCCAAAAGAAUGAAAAUUAUGUUGCCAUGGCAAAACUGUUUCAUUGCACCUUCAGCUUUGUAUCAGGAGGCCAAUGGUACAUGACAACGUGCAUAUCUGUCCAUGCAUCAGCCUCCCCUUGGGCAGAAUCCUGUGUUCUUUGCCCAGCAGUCACUGAGGGGAGAUGGGCCUGAGCAAAGGAGGAGGAGCUCUUCUUUGGAGUGAAGUUCUCUGAUUUCCUGGACAAAUCACUCUACAUUGCAUCUCUGCCUGGAAUGCAGAGCGAGCAUGCUUCCCACUGCAAUAUUAGCAGCAGAAACUGCUGGGAAUGAGAAAACACCUACACAGCAGGCUCAAUUUGUGUCCAUGGAAAAGUGCAGGAGCCUUUCUAGGAUUUUUCCCCAGCAGCUCAAAGGGACAUCAGCUGAGAAGUGGUAUUAUUAUAAUAAUUGUCAGUGGGUUGUCAUUCUUCUAUUUUAUUAUGAUGGUCAGUUUAUUUAAUGCAUCAAAAGAAUUAUUUUGAACAGAAUUCUAUUAAAACAGGAAAAGAAAUCUCAAUGACAGUGCACAUUUAAAGUGGAACCCAGCAGACUUCAAAAGCUUAGAGAUGAGGAAAACCCCCUCAAUUUAUUGAAUUCUCCUAAUUUUUGCUCAUGACUUGCAAACUGUUACUCAGGCUGGGGCAUUACUAUGUGCUUUUUACAAAUACCUGCCUUAUCAUAGUAGUACAUCUAUGGAGUGAUGGAUAUUUUCUAUAUUUGGAUACUUCACUCUUGACCUUUAUACUCCACUUAACUAGUGGUAUUCCCUAGACGCUAAAUAUUUUUCUGUUCUGGUUCUGGUUGGCCAGUAGACUGCUGCUGUCUUUGGACUGUAUUACAAUAAUACCACAGCCUGCUGGAAGGACCAGAGGAUAGAUAAUUCUGCUACAAACUCAACUGGAAACCCAGGGAAAGCUAUGGUCCCAAUGCUGCUCAGUCUCUCUUCUCUGAGCAAUGAUUCUCAGUAAUUACCAGUAGACUCACAAGAAUGAUUUCAAAGCUGAAACCCUCAUUUAUUUUCUUAUUUGCUGUGAAUGCAUUAUUACACUGUGUGACGAGUAUCGUAACUCUAAAAUAGAAAAGAAAAUCGCUUAGAAAUGCAUCUCAGCAAGACUUUAAUCCCAUUUUGCUCUUUAACAACUUGCUAUUAAAUUGUUACCUCUAGAUUUCUAUAAAAAGCCUCCGUGUCAGGUGCUGUUCUGUGAAAAAGCAGUGAGUGGCAAUGGGAAAACCUUCAGAGCUACUGACAGUGAGGCCGAGUACCAUGGACAGUGGCCUGAUAGUCUUGUGACUAAAGACUCACAGCAGAACUCCUCUGCAGCUGAGUGCUCAGAUAUCUCUUUAUCUGCUUCCACUGAAAUCACAAGACAUUAAAAGCAUUGCUGUUUUCUUCUGUUUCGCUUUUCCCUGCAAAAUAGCCCUAGCAGUGGAUAAGCAAACAUUCAUCUCAAUCUGGGGAAGGAGGGACUACCAGAACAGAAAACCAAUAUGUAGCAUAAAAGACCCAGUGUUAAAACUGUUCUUACCAGCCAUUGCAUGCUCAGUUUUCCAAGCCAGCAGAUCCAUAAAACACAAAAGCAGCAAGUGUGAGACACUUGUUACAUAGAGGUACAAUUUAACUGCUCAUAGGGGAACUCCUAGAUCAAUACAAAAUGAAACAACAGCAAAGGACAAUGCAAAAGAAUGAAAAAAAGAGGUUAUUUUAGUCCACCCUUCUUGGCUUGAGGGGAUGGUUGCUGAGGGGACUUUUGGGUUGUUUUUAUUCUUUGGUUUGGUUUGGUUUGAUUUGGUUUAGUUUGGUUUCAUUCAUGUGUUUUAAACACCAAGCAUGGUAUGUAGCUAUAUUAACAUGAGCACCCAAAGCCAGAGACACAAGAGAUAUCUUGAUUUACAUGCUUAUCACCUAGCAACAUUCCAGCACUGAGGGAACGUGUCUGCAACUGAAAUAAAAAAUAGCUGAAAGCUCUUUUGGUUUAAAAGUAACAAAAAAAAAAAAAAAAAAAAAAAAAAAAAAAAAAAAAAACAGGGACCAGGAAAUUCAGCUGAAAAAUUUGUUUGACCCAGCUAGAAAUCCAUCUGAAAUGACUUUGUUGUUAAUACAUUUUGUUUGAACAGAAGGAAGUGAAAAAAACCAAUCAGGUGACUCCAUCAGAAGUGUCAUUGAUGAGAUGCUUUUUUCCCCUUAAAACAGUGCAUUGCCAAACAAUUGCAUCUCAGUAUCAAGAGAGAAAACAAUGGAUCUCUUAUCUAGUAGGGGAAAAAACUCAUACAGUGAAAGUAAUCCACAAUACUGUAGAAUUUAAUAGAAGCCCCCUGUGCUGCAGAAAAGGGCAGCAAGUCAGACUUGGUGAAAUCACCACCUUGAAUCUUGCUCCAGUUAGUGGCACCAUGAUUGAAGGUGACAGCCUGAAGUGACAGCCUGGCAGCACAUGAGCUGAGCUCUGCCAGGUGCGAGGGGUAUUCCAGCCAUGCCCAAGGCCGGGCAAUUCCAAGAGCUGUGUUCACAGCUCUUUUCUAACACAGUGGGUUGGGCAAGGAACCACAGCUGGGAGUUCUCCAGGGCCCUGAAAUGCUCUGGGAGCACAUCCAUCUCCAUGGAGGCGCACAGAGGGCGGCGGUGGCGCUGCCCAUCGGGGAAGGCAUCCCCUGCGGAGUGAAGGCACCACAUGGCACACAUGGGGAGGUGACAGGAGGACUUGCAAACAUCUGGGCUCUUCAUUUGUUCCUUUGUUUUGUCUGGGCUCUUCAGUUCCUCCUCCUUUCUGCUCCAAUGUAGACAUUGUAAAACUGAAAUGUUUUACUCGGUUGCAUGCUGACCAGCUGCCAUCCUCGAUACCCGUCACAAAGGUGUGUGAAGAGAGGUGUGUUGUUCUGGUAUACUUUUGGUUUUGGUAGCACAUCAACAUUGUACUAUACUUUAUUAUUUCUUGUUCAAUAAAUAGUCCUGGUAUCUCUA